AUGGCCGGAUACGUCGAUUUUGCCUCAUCAAGCGAAGAGGAGUUUCCCGAUCUGGAUGUUGUCCUCCUGAGAAGUAAACAAAUUCGCCGGGCCGCCAAAGCACCAUCACAAGAUACGACAAGCAGAAACGAUGAAGACGUCUCCCCGUCGAGACAGCUCGAAGAGGAGGCUAUUCGCUGGAACGUGUCGACACGGAAGUCUUGCGGGCAUAAACAACCGAGGGGUUCCGGCACUGCGCCAUCGACCGUGAUACGGCGCCGCAAGCUCGGUGCAAAGACUGAUAACGCCUUACUGAAACCGCUUGGAGCCUCUGGGAGUAAUGAAGAACGGGAUCUAUUCGAUUUACCUGCCAAGAUCAGGAAAUCUCCGGAUAUGAGCGUUCGCGAGUUGCGCGUGAGGAGUCGAGGUGCGACACCUACGGACCUCUCGUCGCGGGAGGUGGAUGACGAAUCCGGGGACAACACCGACGAGCAGACGGAGAUUACUGAGGCUGAUAUCUCUGAGUUCUUUGGGGAUUCACAGUCGGAGUUUGACGAGGACGAGAACCCAACUCUCAUAGGGCGUGAGAAGCCGACGUCGCAAAACCGUCCUCAAUUGGAAGCAGCACCGACGCUGAAAGCCCCCUCGAGGUUCCUAAGCCCAUCCCUAGGCAUUGACCUGCCGAAGCAUGAUCCGUUGAAAGAUGUAAAGGCCCGGCAACAAGAUUCUGCGAAAACGCGAGCCGCCGAACUGUGUCUUGGCUCGGAUUUCGGAGGGCCAAAAUCUGUCGUUGUUGAUUUGACCGACGGUGUGACCGACGCUCUUGGUCGGCUAGACAUCGCAAACACAGAAUCCGGGAAACACAGCACAGACGCCAAAGACGAUGGGUCACCAAUCGAGCCGCCGUCGACACCGCCAAGGCAAUCUACCAGGCCGUCGGUGUCUUCCAAGAAGCUCCCCGGCAUCCCAAAGACACCGCACAGGCCGAGUAUGGAUUUAUUUUGGAGCCAAGAGUUUGUGAACGAAUGGAAUGAGGAACACUCCCCGAAGAAAUUGAUCUUGCCCUCGGCGCAGAAAAGCCAGGCAAAAAGCCCGGCUAAAGCUAGAGCAGGCCGAACAGAAAGUGCUAAACAAAGGGGAAACAAGAAGGCGUUUGGGCAGAGAAAACAUGAACUGGCCCGGGACUUCCUACGAGAACUUGAUGACACCAUCACACAGGGCAGGCUUCAUGCUUUGGCCGAGUCUACAGGAGGCAUCACAAUCAACUGGUCGGCCAAGCUCAACACCACGGCAGGCAGGGCCAAUUGGAGACGGGAGAAAGUACGCAGCAAACUGCCCGACGGAACCGAAAAGUACGUCACAGACCGGCAUCAUGCCUCCAUAGAGCUCGCAGAAAAGGUUAUCGAUGACGAGCACCGCCUGCUCAACGUCGUUGCUCAUGAGUUCUGCCACCUGGCCAACUUCAUGAUCAACGGCAUCACGGGUAAUCCGCACGGCAAGGAGUUCAAGGCCUGGGCGGCCAAGUGCUCGCAGCGGUUUGGCGACCGCGGCAUCGACGUGACGACCAAACAUACUUAUCAGAUCGACUAUAAGUACGUCUGGGAGUGCACCGAGUGCGGGCUCGAGUACAAGCGCCACUCCAAGAGCAUCAACCCAGAACGCCAUCGCUGCGGCUCCUGCAAGGCUCUGCUGAAGCAGACGAAGCCUAUACCUAGGGCGACAGGCAAGCCGUCCGAGUACCAGCAGUUUUUCAAGGAACAGAUGAAACUUGUCAAGCAUGAACACCCAAAGAGCCAGCAGAAAGAGGUGAUGAAAAUUAUUGGAGAGAGAUGGGCGAAGCGGGGUGGGAGCAACCGAGCAACUCCUGAUUCAGAAAACCAGUUGGCACCAACUUCGGAAACGACUGUAACCAAGCUUGACUCUUGUCUUGUCGAUUUAACGUUGUAA